AUGACUGAAAUGCUACCUAGAUCCGAUGAUUUAAACGCCACUUGGAAUUUUAUUCAACCUGGUAUUAACAAAAUUCUAGGAAGUGAAGAUAGCCAAUCAACCAAGAGAGUUAAUAAGGUCUUAUCACCAACGAUGUAUAUGGAAAUUUACACUGCUAUUUAUAAUUAUUGUGUGAACAAAUCUCGUUCUUCAGGCCAUUUUAAUGCUGAUAGAUCUACUGACAUUCCAAAUCAGAGCUCAAUUUUAGUUGGUAGUGAGAUUUAUGAAAGGUUACAGAAAUAUUUAAAACAUUAUAUUAAUAAUUUUCAGAAACAACCAAACGAAUCAUUUUUAAAGUUUUAUGUUAGACAUUGGAAAAGAUACACAAUUGGUGCGAUUUUUCUUAAUCACACUUUUGAUUAUAUGAACCGGUACUGGGUCCAAAAGGAGAGAAGUGACGGGAAAAGACACAUUUUUGACGUCAAUACGUUAUGCUUAAUGACAUGGAAAGAAACAAUGUUUGAUCCUAAUAGUGAAGUUUUGGUUAGUGAGAUUUUGCAACAAAUAACCGAUGAAAGAGAUGGCAAGAGUAUCAAUAGAGGAACCUUAACUACUGCAAUCAAGUCCUUUGUAGCUCUAGGAAUAGACCCACAAGAUUUAAAAAAAUUGAACUUAAAUGUCUAUAUCCAAGUAUUUGAAAAACCAUUUUUAGCUAAAACUGAAGAGUAUUAUAGAGAAUAUUCCAGAAAUUAUUUAGCUACUCACUCUGUGAGUGAAUAUAUCUUUGAAGCACAUCACAUAUUAUAUCAUGAAGAGAAAACAUUAAGUAUGUACUGGGACGAACAUACCAAGAAACCGUUAUCAGAGACUCUAAACAAGGUUUUGAUUAUAGAGCACGUUGACAAAUUGGAAUCUGAUUUCAUCACGCUUUUAGAUUCGAGAGAUGAAGCACAACUAUCUGGGAUAUAUAAUUUAAUGAACAGAGAUUUUACUUUACUACCUAAAUUGGCCGCUGUAUAUGAGGAAUAUAUCAAGAAUUCUGGUGAAAAUGCAGUUAAACAACUAUUAGCACAACACAGAGCAGCCAUUGUUAAUGAUCAAAACCAAAUGAAUGAUAAGAAUCCCAACCAACGUUCUAUCAAUAAAAAAAUAAUGCUUGCUGCAACCAAUUCAUUACCACCAAAGGAAUACAUUAAAAAAUUACUAGAGGUUUACAACCUUUUCCGUGGAAUCACAAUGGAUUGUUUUGACAAUGACACAUUAUUUGCAAAGGCGCUAGACAAUGCCUGUAGAGAAUAUAUAAACAACAAUGAAUUUGCAUUACCACCGGGAUCUCUUAGAUCUGCAACCUCAAGAACAUCAGAGAUGUUGGCUAAAUACAGUGAUCAAUUGUUAAAAAGAUCUACCAAGUCUGAAAUUUCUAAAGACAUGUCCAUUGAUGAUAUCAUGACAAUUUUCAAAUUUUUGACAGAUAAAGAUGCGUUUGAGUCACAUUAUCGUAGAUUAUUUGCCAAAAGAUUAAUUCAUGGUACAUCUACAAGUGAUGAGGAUGAAGAAUCUAUUAUUCAAAGAUUACAAAGUGAAAACAGUAUGGAGUAUACAGGAAAGAUUACCAAGAUGUUCCAAGAUGUCAGAUUAUCUAAAUUAUUGGAGAAUGAAUUUGAUGUUAUGAUUAAGAGAUCACCGGAUUAUACUAGUGCCAAAUAUCCAGAAGUAGAACCAUUCAUACUUGCAGAGAGUAUGUGGCCAUUCACAUAUCAAGAGGUUGAAUUCAAUUUGCCAGAAGAAUUAAAACCCUCACAUGAACAACUGCAGAACUUGUAUACAUCAAAGCAUAAUGGACGUGUUCUCAAAUGGUUAUGGCCAUUAUGCCGUGCAGAAUUAAUUGCAUCAAUUGGUAAACCUGGUAGAGAACCAUUUAUCUUUACAGUAACAUUAUUUCAAUUAUCGAUUUUAUUAUUAUUCAAUGAGUCUAAUAUAUUAACCUUAGAAGAGAUUCAGGAUAAAACCAACUUGUCGAUUCAAAAUAUUGCUGCAUCCAUGGUUCCAUUCAUUAAAUUUAAAUUACUUCAACAAAUACCUCCUGGCUUGGAAGCUUUAAUAAAGCCUGAAACACAAUUUAAAUUAUCUACUCCAUAUAAAGCAUUAAAAACGAAUAUUAAUUUUGCAGGCGGUGUUAAGAAUGAUAUAUUAAAUGUCCUUGCACAUUCGUCUGAUGUAAAUGCCAGAAGGCUAGGUAAGAAUCCUACAGGAAAUGGAAAUAACGCCACAGGCACAAAUAGUGAUGAAGAAUUAACUGAAUCCGAACGUAUUGAAAAAGAAUUAAGCACGGAAAGACAGAUAUUUUUAGAAGCAUGCAUAGUUAGAAUCAUGAAAGCUAAGAGAAAAUUACCGCAUUCUAUGUUAGUUAACGAAUGUAUUGCCCAAUCUCACCAAAGGUUUAAUGCUAAAGUGUCCAUGAUUAAAAGAGCCAUUGAUAACUUAAUUCAAAAGGGAUACUUACAAAGAUCUGAUGAUGGUGAAUCAUAUUCAUAUCUAGCAUAA